CGGAAAAAUUACCUGCUGUGCCACGAUUACAUUCGCCAUACGCUGACAUACGUCUGCACAUAUCAAGUCUGUGGAUAAAUUGAACCAAGAUGUCAAACACGGAAGCGUCAAAAAUAAUUCUUGACUUUAUGUCUAAAAAGAAUCGCCCAUUUGCUGUAAAUGAUGUAUUAGAAAAUUGUGGGAAAACAUUCGGAAAGUCUACCGUACAAAAAAUGUUGGAUUCAUUAGCAGAAAGGGGUAAAAUAACAGUUAAAACAUUUGGAAAACAAAAUAUAUAUUUCAUCAAACAAAAAUUUAAUAUGGAAGAGAAUAAAAAGGAAUUGCAAGGCUCUAAACAAAAAUUGUUGCAAAUCGAAAACAACAUUAAAAAUAAGGAGAAUGAGUAUCGAGAACUUGAGAAGAAACUGAAAGUAUUGCCCAAAGUGAUCAGCAUUGAAAGUCUAGAAGCGCAGCAUAGUGAGAUGUUGGAUGAAGUGCGUGAAUUGAAUGAAAAAUUGCGACGUAGUAAAGCACAAAAAUUAGAACAAAAAUUCACAUCAGCCGAAGCGAAAAAGAUUGUAAAUCAUUAUAAUGAAUUGGUAGAUGCACUGCGCAAACGUAAACGUAUAUGUAAUGAUAUGCUAGAUGCCAUCAUGGAAGGAUAUCCAAAAUCAAAAAAAGCGUUAAUUGAUGACAUUGGUAUAGAAACAGAUGAAGCUGUUGGUUUUGAUAUAAAACAGUAUAAAUAAAAGUAUUAUUUCAAUUGAACUGUAACUAAUUUAAAGAGUCAUGUC